GACGUGACUCACCUCCGAGCAAGACGCGACCCACCUCGCCGCUGUAAAUACGUGAACAAUAAAUCCGAGAUAGGUAUUGACUUUUGAGCUUCGCUGUCUACCGAUUUCUAUGGGCAUACAAGACUGCUCUUUAGUUCCAAUCAGAAAAUCGAAUCUUCCAAAUCUCAGGCUGCCAUUUGCUCUGGAAUCUGUUAUCAGUUGAUGGCCGAUCCUUCUGUUUCUGCAUUUAGUGGUCGUGGGAACUACGUUGUCUUCUUGAGUUUCAGAGGGUUCGACACUCGCAAGAUCUUUGUUGGCCAUCUUCUGAAAGCUCUGCAAAGCAAAGCACUGAGCGUCUUCAUAGAUACCGAAGAGCUUAAGAAAGGGGACAUUCUUUGGGUGCUACUGAAAGCCAUUGAAGUGUCAAAGCUGUCGGUGGUGGUUCUAUCCCAGAACUAUGCCAACUCCAAAUGGUGCUUAAUUGAGCUUGUCAAAAUCAUGGAGUGCAUGGAUGCAAAGAACCACAUUGUUGUCCCCAUCUUCUACCAAGUCGAACCGGCUGAUGUUCGUUAUGUGGGAGGGACUUUUAAGGAGGCUUUUUCCAAACAUGGGCACAAUCUUAGGGUGAGCAUGGAAGAGCUGCAGAGGUGGAAGGAUGCUCUAGGAAGGGUGGGCACUCUAUCUGGCUGGGAUUCCCGAAAUUAUGAGGAUGAUGCCAAGCUUAUUGAUGAAAUCGCCAAAGAUGUUUUUCAGAAAUUGCUCAAUACCAGGUCAAGGAAAUCCAAUGAUUUGGUUGGGAUGGAUUCCCACUUACGCCGACUGAAGUCUCGAUUACGUCCUAAUCAGUACGGUAAUGAUGUCCAAGUUGUUGGAAUAUGGGGUAUGGGAGGUUUAGGGAAAACAACCAUUGCUAAAGCUAUUUAUGAUGAAAUGUGUGGGGAUUUCAAACACCAUUGCUUUCUUCGGAAUGUUAAGGAAGAGUUCAAAAGAAAAGGUGAAGCAGAAAUGCAGGAAGACCUUCUGUUUAGAAUCUUGAAGGAAAAGGUGCGGAAUUUGAGUUCCAAUAUGAUAAUGGAAAUGCUUAGUGAGAUAAAACUUUUUCUUGUUCUUGAUGAUGUAGACAAUUCAGCUCAAAUUGAUGCCUUACUUGGAAAACAACGUUUAUUUGGUCGUGGAAGUAGAAUCAUUAUAACAACUAGAGAUAAGGGCCUACUAAGAGAAUUUGAUAUAUACGAACCUGGGUAUUUACAUGAUUAUCAAGCUCUUGAACUGUUUAAGAAGUCUGCCUUCAAAGCAUCUGAACCUUUAAGAGAGUAUGAUCCCCUCUUACAACGUGCCAUAGAAUAUGCCCAAGGUUUGCCUUUAGCACUUAUAGUCUUGGGAGCUUCUCUUUAUAAGAAAAGUAUAUGGGAGUGGGAGGGUGAGUUUGAGAAAAUAAAGAAAUUCCAACAUCUGGGAAUUGAGGCUGUUCUGAGGACAAGCUAUGAAGGACUGGAUCAUUUGCAGAAAAUGAUGUUUCUAGACAUUGCAAGUUUCUAUAGAGGAAUGAGAAAGGCCUAUGUAACAGAAAUUAUGGACGAUUGUGGCUUCUUUCCCGUAAGUGAGUUACCAGUUCUGGUUGAUAGAGCUCUUGUAACUGACUCUGGUGACUACUUCCAUGUGCUAGAUAUGCAUGACUUACUAGUCGACAUGGCUUUGGGAAUUGACCGUCGGGAACUAGGCCACAGUAGGUUGACAGAUUCUGAUGAAAUUGAGGAGGUGUUAACUCAAAAUAUGGAUACAAAAGCAGUUGAAAGCAUAGACCUUGAUUUGAACCACUUAAAAAAUGUAAACAUAAAUGCUAAAGCUUUUGCUGAUAUGACAAAACUAAGACUGCUCAGAAUCCAUUAUAACCGCUCCAAAGACUCUGUGGAUUAUUAUGGUUCACGAGAGGAAUUUCACCAUCCAAGUGAUGACUGCAAGCAACAUAUGAUUGGGGACUUUGAGUUUCUUUCUCAUGAACUGAGGUGUCUCAUUUGGCAUGGAUGCCCCCUGAACUCUCUGCCAUACAAUUUUCGCCCGAAGAAUCUUGUAGACCUUGACAUGCGUUGCAGCCGCAUUAAGCAACUGUGGGAAGGAACCAAGCCCUUGAAAAAGUUGAAAUACCUGGAUCUAAGUCUAUCUCCAUACCUUGAAGAGACCCCUGACUUAACUCAUGCAACAAAUCUUGAGAAAGCAAAUUUUGAAGGUUGUGUGAGUUUAUUGAAGGUUCAUCCAUCCAUUUCUGAUCUCAAAAACCUUGUUUCCUUGAGUCUAAAAGGAUGCAAGGAGCUUAAGAUUCUUCCAAGAAGCUUCUGUAUGAAGUCUCUUAAUAACCUUGAGCUUUCGGGCUGCUCAAAUCUUGAGAUUUUUCCAGAAAUUCCAGAAGUUAUGAAGGAGCUUCAACGGCUUUGUUUAGAUAAGACUGCAAUGAAAAAGCUUCCCUCAUCAGUAGAAAACCUUAGGGGGCUCGUCACUUUGAGCCUGAAAGAUUGCAAAGAAUUUCAAAGUCUCCCAAGCAGCAUAUGCCGACUCAAGUCUCUUAGAUAUGUUACCCUCUCUGGAUGUUCCAAGUUUAAGGUGUUUCCAAAAAUUGCGCAGUUAGAAGAUAUGGAAGGAUUAAUAGAGCUUCAUUUGGAUGGGACAUCUAUCACAGAAUUUAUGCCAUCAUUAUCAGCUCUUAAUAAACUUGUCUUCUUGAGUGUAAGAGAUUGCAAAGAGCUCAAGAGUCUUCCGAGUCAAUUUCAAAUGGAAACUCUUGAAACACUUGUUCUUUCUGGCUGCUCAAAACUUCGGAGGUUUCCACAUAUUUCAGAAAAAAUGCAUUGGCUAUCAAAGCUUAGUUUAGAUAAUACAUCAAUCGAAGAACUGCCCCCAUCAAUAAAAUAUCUUUGCUAUUUGAAUUCCUUGAGCCUCACAGAUUGUGGAGAAGUUAAGAGCCUUCCGAGCAGCAUUUUUGAACUCAACUGCCUUACAGAGAUUUCUGUCUCUGGUUGUUUGAAAUUUGAGGAGUUUCCAGAAAUCUUUGUAGAUUUUGAAGGACUUGAUCAUAAAUCCAUUACAACCAAAUCUGUUCUCUGGAAUCUUUUAACUUUGAGGCUUGAAGAUUGUGGAGAACUUAAGAGCCUGCCAAGAAGCAUUUGUUUAUUGAGUUCACUUAGAUUUGUUUCUCUCUCUGGUUGUUUGAAAUUUGAAGAGUUUCCAGAAAUAUUAGUAGAGAUGCAAUUAAGAGAGCUUCAUUUGGAUAGAACGUCUAUCAAAAUGCUCUCCCCAUCUAUUGAACGGCUUACGAGGCUUAUAUUAUUGAACAUGAGAAACUGUAGAAGCCUUGUCUUUCUUCCAGACAAUAUCUGUAAUUUACCAUUCCUUACAGGUCUCACUCUUACAGGGUGCUUCAAUCUGCAUACCUUGCCAAAGAACUUGGGGAAGUUGGGUUCCUUGUUGGACAUUGAAAUUGAGGGAAGUGGCAUAACUCAACCAUUAUCUCUCUUACAUCUGAAAAAGUCAGUAUCAUCAUCAACCAAUUGCUUGGUUGGAAUGGAUCGGCACGUAAAUGAAAUGCAAUUGUUAUUAUGCCCUGAUCAGGUGGAUGAUGUUUGCAUUGUUGGAGUAUGUGGAAUUGGUGGCAUUGGCAAGACAACCAUUGCUGCAGCUGUGUACGACAACCUUGCUCCUCAAUUUGAAUACUGUUGCUUUCUUGAGAAUGUCAAUGAAGGUUUCACAAAGCAUGGUGCAGUAUAUAUGCGAGAAGAGCUUCUGUCUAGAAUCUCAAAUGAAAAGGUGCAGGGUUUGUGCAAUUUAGAUAGAAUUCCCAGUAUGGUUAUGGAAAAUGUAGGCACGACCAAAGUUCUGCUCAUUCUUGAUGAUAUAGAUGAGAUAACCCAGAUUGAAACCUUACUUGGGAUGCCACUUUCAUUUGGUGGUGGGAGCAAAAUAAUCAUAACCACUAGAGAAGAACAAAUUAUGAGUGGAUAUAAGAUAUAUUGUCCCAAACUGUUAAAUGCUGAAGCUCUAGAACUCUUCAUGCAUUUCGCCUUCAGAACAAUCAAACCCUCGGGAGAGUAUGAUCAUCUCUCGCAGCUCGCCAUUGAAUCUGCUCAAGGUCUGCCUAUAAAUCUUAAAGUUUUGGGUGGUUAUCUCUAUAAGAAAAGUGUAGAUGAGUGGAAGAUGAUAUUAAAGUUUAAGCACACGGUGUAUCGAGUGUUUGUAACAAGCUUUUAUGAACUAGAUUUCUCAGAGAGGAACAUCCUACUAGAUGUUGCAUGGUUCUUUAAAGGAAGGAAAGAAGACUAUGCAAUGAAAAUUCUGCACAGUUGUGGCUUCUUUCCAUAUAGUGCGUUAAGAGUUCUGAUUGAUAGAUCUCUGAUAGCUAUUUCAGAUAAGGGGACUCUCAAAAUACAUGAUUUACUUGAUGGAAUAGUUCGAGAUUGUGUCCGCCACGAAGAUGAACAUGAUCCUGCAAACCGCAGUAGGUUAUAUGCUUACCAAGGAAUUAGAUGUUUGUCAUCAUCUCAGAAUUUGAUUACAGAAGCAGUUGAAGCUAUAACUCUUGAUUUGUCGAACUCAAAAGAGGUAAACUUCAAUGCAGAGGCUUUUGUUACAAUGAGGAAACUUAGGCUUCUCGAAAUCCAUGACAAUGGCUCCACAGACUGUAAACAACAUGUGAAUGGAAACUUUGAGUUUAUGUCUCAAGAGUUGAGGUGUUUCAUCUGGCAUAGAUAUCCCCUAAAGUCUUUGCCAUCCUAUUAUCACCCAAAGAAUCUUGUCGAUCUUGACAUGCCUUUUAGCUGCCUUGAACAACUUUGGGAAGGAAACAAGAUGCAGCGUUUAAAGAACUUGACAUUCGUCAAUUUAAGUCACUCUCAAUAUCUCAAGAAGACCCCCAACUUGACUGAAGCUACAAAUCUUGAGAAGCUAAUUCUUGAUGGUUGUACAAGUUUAUUGGAGGUGCACCCAUCCAUUUGGAAUCAUAAAAAGCUUGUUUUAUUGAGUCUUAAAGGUUGCAAAAAACUUGAGAUUCUAUCAAGCAGCUUUUACAUGAAAUCUCUUAAGACCCUUAACCUUGAUGGCUGCGUGAAUCUCGAAAAGUUUCCUCACAUUUCAGAAGUGAUGAUGGAGCUAUCAGAGAUUUAUUUAGAUGAGACUGCAAUCAAAGAACUGCCUUCAUCAAUGGAACGAAUUCAGGGGCUUAAUGUAUUAAGUAUGAGAAACUGUAGAAGGCUUGUCUCUCUUCCGGACAGUAUAUGUGGUUUGGCACACCUUACAGUUCUCAAUCUGUCUGGAUGCUCAAAACUUUCUUACUUUCCCGAUAGCUUGAGGAACACGCAAUCAUUCACGAUAAUUGGUAUUGAGGAACUUCCAUUAUUGAUGAUAAACAAAGAAACAGAGAACGAGGGAAUCAUAAGAGUAUCUGAGACUUCUGUAGAGUCUGGGGGACAGAAUGAUGGAACAGAGGAGAUGGAUGGGGUAGAAGUGCAAGGGGACGAGUGCUCAAUAGGAGGGAAGCUGGGGGCCGAAUACAGCUGCCUGAGUUGGCUGGGUGAACUAUAUCUUCGAGGAAGAGAGCUUCUGAGUCGCUGGUGGUGUCACAGGACUUCAGCUAUAUAGAUAGGUAUAGUUUUAGGUUUCAGUUUACCGUUUCUUUUCCUGAUCUUUCCUUCCAGUUUUGUUUGCUGCUAUUUUCAAUGUAGUGGUGCUCGUAAUUAGGACUUGUAGUAAAACUCAGAUUAAUUUGAUGUCACUCUACAGCUAGAACACAGUUUCAGGUGCAGCUAGCUGGACUUUAUUUUCACGUUUGACAAAAUAAACAAAGUUUAGUCU